CGGCGGAAGUAAACAACAAGGUGCUAGCAGCGUUAGCUUCCAGGUUUGCUUGUUCAUCGUCGGUCAGAAGUCUAUUUUUGCUGUAAACUGAAUAUUUCAGCGUCUGCAGCAACAAUAUCUUCGCUUCAUCUCCAGAGAGCGACUAACUGCUGAAUAAAUAUUCAGAACCAUCGUCCAGGAGGAGGAAGAGACCGAGCAUCAGCUCAGACUGCUGGAUAGCAGCUGGAGAACCCGAACCGGGUCAGAACCUCCAGCCUCAUGUCUGACACUACAAGGAGGCUUUUUACUGAUGGUGUUCUCAUGACUGAAGAGAGGAACUCCAUUGUCCUCAAUACAUCGAACACUAUCAAAAUAAAAGUGCGACAAGAACAAGAACAUCAACAGUUGACUGACACAAAAGAGGAACCAGAACCUCAACCAAUCAAAGAAGAACAGGCUGAGCAGUGGAUCAAUCAGAAUGAAGGGUGGCCUCCAGUGAAACAGGAGACCAUCACUUCUUUGAUGACUUUUGCUUAUGAAGAAAUAUUCCACAAUGGAUCAGAACUGCAGAAAAUGACAACACGGGAACCGAUGCCUGUACGGGUGAAAGAAGAACCCGAACCUGUGCACAUUAAAGAGGAAGAGGGGGAACCAGAACCUGCACAAAUUAAAGAGGAACCGGAGAACUUCUUCAGUGAUCACGAUGUAGAUCAGCUUGUAGUGAAGCAGGAGACUGAAACCAUUUUGGCGACUCCAAUUUAUGAGCAAAAUGGCAAGACUGAAUCUGAACCAAGCAAGAACCAGCUUCUCUCUGGAAACCACCUUGAAGCUGACAACCAACAUCAACAAGGAAGCAAUCGGGAAGAAUCAGGAUCAAGUAGAGAUGAAAAUCUGAAGUCAGAGAAGAGACGUCAGGACUCUAGAAAAUACUGGGACAACAAGGAUAACUCAGAAAUAAAAACAGAUAUGCCCUGCUGUGAAAUCUGUGGUAAAUGUUUAACAACCCACCAGCACUUGAGUUUGCACAUGAGAAUUCACACAGGGGAGAAGCCAUACCCAUGUCAAAUGUGUGAAAAAUCAUUUAGAAAUAGUAGUAAUUUGAUUCGGCAUGAAAGAACUCACACUGGAGAGAAACCGUUUUCUUGUGAAGUGUGUGGCAAGUCUUUCAGAUAUGGUGGACAUUUGACUAUUCACAAGAGAACACACACAGGGGAAAAGCCAUAUCACUGUGAACUAUGUGGUAAAGCCUUUAGUGACUGGAGUAGUAUGACCAGACAUGUGAGAACUCACACAGACAAGAAGCUAUAUUCCUGUGAAGUGUGUGGAAAAGCUUUCAAAGAGCGAAAUGAGUUGGGUCGUCACCUUAAGACUCACACAAGUGAGAAGCCGUUCUCAUGUCUGACAUGUGGAAAAGGUUUCAUCAGGAAAUGUGCUCUAACUAUGCAUAUGAGAACUCACACAGGUGAAAAGCCAUAUACUUGUGACAAAUGCAGUAAGUCUUUUGGAGACCAUAGUAAUUUAGCUCGUCACAUAAGAAUUCACACAGGUAAAAAGCUGUAUCCUUGUGAUUUGUGUCAGAAAUCUUUUAGAGACCAGGGCAAUUUGGUUCGUCAUAUCAGAACUCACAUGGGUAACAAAAAUUCCUGUAAAUUGUGUGAUAAAUCUUUCAGACAGAGGAGUGAUUUGGUUCAUCAUCUUAGAAUCCACACAGGGGAGAAACCUUUCUCAUGUCUAACUUGUGGAAAAGGUUUCCCAAGGCAGUCUGCCUUAAAUGUGCACAUGAGAGCGCAUACAGGGGAGAAGCCAUAUCCUUGUGAUUUGUGCGGUAAAUCUUUUAGAGACAAUAGCAACUUGGCUCGUCACCUUGCAACUCACACAGGUAAGAAACCCUACUCUUGUCAUCUGUGCGGCAAAUUCUUCCAACACUCUUAUUAUCUUACCAAUCACAUGAGAACUCACACAGGCGAGAAGCCAUAUCCUUGUGAAUUGUGUGAGAAAUUUUUCAUGCAGCGUAGUGAUUUGGUUCGUCACCUUAGAACUCAUACAGGUGAGAAGCCUUAUUCUUGUGAACUUUGUGAUAAAUCAUUUCGACAAAAUAGUAUUCUGACCCGUCACCUCAGAACUCACACCGGUGAGAAGCCCGACUCAUUUUGAGUUGGGGACAGUGUUUCAGCAAUCAAGCUGUAACUGAUGACUCACACAGGUGAUCUUGUGAAUUAUUUGUAAACCAUUUACUGUCAGAUGUAAACUGACUAAAAACAGGAGAAGGAAUGUGUUUUUAUUUAAAAAGGUUUCUGUGGAUGUGAGCAAAUAGAAUAUAUAUACUGUGGACAGGGCAAAAAAUGGGAUCACUUGUAUGAUAAAAGAAAGCAUUUAAACCUUUAU